UUUUUUUUUUUUGCACUCUCUUUGUUCCCCUUGUUUCAACUUGUAUUAUGAAGUUUCUUACAGCUGCUGUAACCUUGUUCUCAUUAGCCUCGACCGUCUUGGCUUAUGAGGCUUCUACUGUACCUUGUAUUAUGUGGUCUCCUAAAGAUUAUAUUGUCAACACUUUCAAGACAAACAGUCAGACAGUCAUUACCAAGUCAGAUGCCGUUUCUACUAUCAUGUCUUCUUUAUCUGCUGAUAUUUGUUCUGCUAAAAUGAUUGCCUUGGUUAACCAACCCGAGAUUGAAACCAAUAGUUUGGCUCGUCAUGGGUAUGAAGAAGCUUUCAUUCAAUUGAAGGAACUUAGUUCAGAAGCAACAAGUCGUUCUCAGAUCAGAUACAUUUCACAUGGCGUUGAUGUGAAUCAAGUUGCAAAGGCAAUUGCUCGUCAAUGUGAUGCCUCUGUAGCUACUUUAGAUCCUUAUACUAUCUCUAAAGAAGAUAUUUCUGGAAAUAAUACACCUGUCAUUGCCAUUGUACCUCUUCCUGCUGCUCAUGACGAUGUUGAUAUACUCAAGGCUAAUGAUGCCUUGUUGGGACAAUUGAUUGAAGUAGUUGAAGAAGCAGUUCAAGAUGAUUAUGCUAUUAUUUACACUUCAAACUCUGUCAAAUCUACUCAUACCUUGAAGCGUCGUGCUCCCAACACACAAGAUUUGCCUAUCUUUAAGAAAUAUCAAUUGUUUACACCUGGUGUCUUUAUGGUUCUCGGUGUUGUCUUUUUGUUCUUGUUUAUUGCUGGUACUGGUAUUAGUUGGUUAGUUGGUAUUCAAACCCCUCUUCGCUUUGAAGCUACUCCCAACAAACAAAAGAAGCAACAAUAAUAAAAGAUU